GCACUCUCAUUAGUUUGAAAACAACCGCUCGAGGCGGUAUUUCCCCUCCCUCGUUUUAUCCCCCUCCUUCUCAGUCUGUCAUGCGCUCGUCCCAGCCUUCCCCUGCCCGCUCCAACUUCACUCUCCGCGCGCUCCGAAAACGACCAUAGAUGUUCUGCCCUCCUUAAUUCAUCGUAAAUAUCGAUUAUCACUCCGGUGUUUUAAUGUCACGCUCAAACAAGUGUUUAUCGCCAUGGAUUUGCCACAUAGACGCCGUCUGGAACGCAUCCUGAUUUUUGCUGCCGCAUUUCUGUCACCUGCCUUCACGGUCCUGUGUAAUGACAUCCUGGGCCUGAAGGGGGCAGGAGAGCCGGUUCUCACCCCCAACGCGGUGUGCCUGCGGCUGGCCGGCCUGAGCAAGAGGCAGAUGCGCCUGUGCAUGCGCAGCCCUGACGUCACGGCCUCGGCUCUGCAGGGCAUACAGGUGGCCCUGCACGAGUGUCAACACCAGCUCAGGGACCAGCGGUGGAACUGCUCGUCACUAGAGACGCACGGGAAACACCCACUACACAGCGCCAUACUCAACAGGGGUUUCCGUGAGAGUGCGUUCACCUUGUCUCUGCUGGCCGCAGGCGUGGCCCACUCUGUAGCGUCGGCCUGCAGCAUGGGGAAGCUGAGGGGCUGCGGCUGCGAGGCCAAGCGGCGCCUGGACGACGACAAGAUCCGGCUCAAGCUCACACAGCUGCAGCUGCAGACCCUGCAGAGGGGGGCCGGAGUGUCGUCGCACCCGUCCGCCCUGCUGAAGCAGCUUCCGGAGGAGGUGGCGACCCUACAGGACACGUGGGAGUGGGGCGGCUGCAGCCACGACGCCCGGUUCGGCAUGCGCUUCUCCCGCGACUGGCUGGACAUGAGGGGCUCGCCGCGGGACAUCCACGCACGCAUGCGCAUACACAACAGCCGCGUCGGACGACAGGUAGUGAGCGACAACAUGAGGAGGAAGUGCAAGUGUCACGGCACGUCGGGCAGCUGCCAGUUCAAGACGUGCUGGUACGUGUCACCCGAGUUCCGGUUGGUGGGCUCGCUGCUGCGCGACAAGUUCCUGUCGGCCAUCUUCAUCAACUCCCAGAACAAGAACAGCGGCGUCUUCAACCCUCGUGUGGUGGGUGGUAAUGGCGGUGGCGGUGGAGGUGGCAAUGGCGGCUCCAGGUCCAGCAAUGGCGGCUCCAGGUCCAGCAAUGGCGGCUCCAGGUCUAGGUCCAGCAACCACAACCACCACCACCACCACCACCACAACAGCAAUGGCGGUGCCGGGUCGACCCAGAGCAGCGGGCGGCGGCGCUCGACGCUCUCGCGCGAGCUGGUCUACUUCGAGAAGUCACCGGACUUCUGCGAGCCGGACGCGUCGGUGGACUCGGCGGGCACGCAGGGCCGCCUGUGCAACAAGAGCAGCGCGGGCAUGGACAGCUGCGACUCGCUGUGCUGCGGUCGUGGCCACAACAUCCUCAAGCAGACGCGCAGCGAGCGCUGCAACUGCCGCUUCCACUGGUGCUGCUACGUGCUGUGCGAGGAGUGCCGCGUCACCGACUGGGUCAACGUCUGCAAGUGACCGGGCGGGCGUACGCAACGGCGGUGGUGGCAAGAUUAAGCGACCGAGAAUCGCGGACAGUGUAGCAAGAGCGAUAUGACGAGCGACAGACGUGCCAGAGUACGCCCGUUAAAAGCAGAAUGCAAUCAUUCCGCCAUUCCAAUUGGCUGUGGUGGCUGUCGCCGAACAGCAUCAUAGCUCAUUUGCAUAAUAUUCGCUGAAGCCCAACUACAAACACUGUCGCUCAAGUAACUCAUUUGAGCCUCUAGCCGCCCAAACCACUUUGUCUCUUCUGUCUGUCAGCAACUCAAGACAAAGUCAAUUACUUAUCUGUUGCCGGAGUCGCCCAUGGUCUAUUUUGUGCCAUGAUGGCCACCGUAGGGAACUCG